GACUGACAGCGCCGACGAGCUCGAACAAGCGGCUUCUCGUUUGAUCGAGGAGAAGAUUACUGAACCCAUUAAGAAUAUAGUACGAGAUAUUAGCAACGGGGCUGAGGAACUGCUAAAACGGAGACAUACACUGGUUUACGCUUUGCUGUAUGCGUUGGAACUGGAGCUUGCCUCAUCGUACGGGCUGGCCAUUGAACUUCCACAGGCGUGCAAGGAUCUGGCCGAACUCUACUGCAACGUGGAUGCUGACGUAUGCGAAUGCGUAGAAUUACGUCCCUAUUUUAUGGAUAUGUUUUGUGUCAGUAUCUGA